AUGAUAGGGACAAAUAUUAGCAAUCCAGCAUAUUUUAUUUUACUUGGCUUUUCUGACAAGCCCCAGCUGGAGAUAGUUCUCCUUCUGGUCAUUUCUAUAAUAUACAUUCUGACAUUGAUGGGGAAUACAACAAUCAUAAUGGUCUCAUAUUUGAACCCCAAACUCCACACACCCAUGUACUUCUUCCUCUCUAAUCUCUCCUUCCUGGACCUCUGUUUCACUACCAGUAUUGUCCCACAGAUGCUUUGGAAUCUCAAAGGCCCUGAGAAGACCAUUAGCUACACUGGUUGUAUGAUCCAGCUAUUCAUUGCUUUGGGGCUGGGCUCCACGGAGUGCAUUCUCCUUGCUGUUAUGGCCUACGACCGAUACAAUGCCAUCUGUCGACCCCUCCACUAUGGCAUUAUUAUGAACCCAAAACUUCUUCAGCAACUAGCAGCUGUGGCCUGGAUCAGUGGUUUUGUGGCGUCCGCACUUCAGACCAUCCUUAUUUUCCAACUACCUCUCUGCAGCCACCACAGGCUGGAUGAUUUUAUGUGUGAGGAGCCAGCCCUCAUUAAAAUUGCCUGUGUGGACACAACCUUCCUGGAAAGUAAGCUCUCCAUAGCUAGUGUCCUCUUUGUGAUUAUAACUCUGGGACUUAUUUUGGUCUCCUAUGGCUGCAUUGUAAGGAGUGUGCUGAGGGUAAAAUCAGCUGAAGGUAGAAGUAAAGCCUUUGGGACCUGUGGG